AUGGCCAAAUCAGAUCCCCAGAAGUCUGUACCAAGUAUAUCAGUGAUUGGACUGAAUGGAGUUUUGCUGUGGAAUCAUGAGGGAUGUAUCAACUCUGAAAAUCUGAAAGAAAGUAUCGAGAAAGCUUGGGCUGCCCUUCAUCUACAGGAGACAGCGGCGACCUUGUUGACAGCAUCGCUUGCUUCAAGAAAUGCUGAAUCUGUGAAUAAUGCUACUACUGUUUUGGUAGCUCAAGGGGGCUCUUCUACUUUAGAAAAUCCUUCUGAUUCAUCCAGUCAAUCACCAGAUGUUUCUGGUGCCAGUGGAGUUGCUCAUUCAACUGAUCUGGUGUCACAAGUUCCUAGUAGCACCACCCUUUAUGAACCUCUUGAGAUAAAUGAAAAAGAAGGUUCAAAAUCAGACUCAGGUGAUAGAACUGUUGAGAAGUUAGGUUCAACAAAUACUGAAUUUAAUUGUGAUUUGGUUGAUAGUUCAAGGAAGUCAAAUACGGUCAGUUCUGCAGAUCCAAAAGGAGAAGACAUUACACCAUCAGCGAAAAGAAAGAACAAAGAUGAUGGAAGUCACACUUCUGUCCCCUUGGAGGAUACUCCUAGUACACUCACUAAUAGAGGACUUUCUUCCCAGUCACUUGUGGAACAAGACAAGGCAACAACUUCUGCCCCCCCUCUUAUUUCUGUGCACUCAGAUGAUAUUCAGCUUAGUAUUCGUAUGCCCAGUGGAAAUAGACUGGAGAUCAAAGUAACAAAACAAGAUGUUUUGAGGAAAGUGAAGAAUUUCGUGGAUGAAAACAAAGGCAAUGAGCUUGGCUCAUAUGAUCUUUCUCUGGUUUAUCCAAAAAGAGUUUUCUCUGAACAAGAUAUGGAAGCAACACUAUCUGAGCUGGGUAUUCAAAACCGUCAUGCAAUGAUUGUUGUUCCACAUCGGCAGCCUGGUCAGGUAACAAGGCCUCAGUCAUCAGCAUCUUAUGAUGUGGGUGGCAAUUCAGGUGCGGGGGGAUACUUUGGUUACCUGAGAACCGUGCUGUCUUAUGUGAAUCCACUCUCCUACCUGAGGGGAAAUACGAACUCAUCAAAUCCAGAGCUACAGUCAAAUGAAGGCCUACAGCAGCUAAGACAUGGAUCUGGUCAGCCACGGCCUCUUGUUGGCAAUAGGGGCCAUGAAGUGACUGAUGCAGACUCUGCAAACACGCUGCGAAGGCGGCCCAGACCAUUUGGUGCUAAUGUCCACACUCUGGGGAGCGAGGAUCAUGGUCCAUCUGAUGAAAGAAAUGUUUUCUGGAAUGGGAACUCGACAGAGUUUGGAGGCGAUGACAGAAAAUAA